GUUGCAGAGAGAGCUUCAGCUCACAGCAACACAAUGCAGCUGAGCAGGCAAGCACAGCCCACAGCCAGAAACGGUUCCGACUCUCCAGAACAAGACGACCUUUAAGCUUCAAGUGUCCCGGAGAAAACGAGAUGCUGAUGUUGAAGACGACACUAUGGCUUUGAUGGAAUAUCAGAUAUUGAAAAUGUCUCCCUGCCUGUUCAUCCUCCUGUUUCUCACACCUGGUAUUUUAUGCAUUUGUCCUCUCCAAUGUAUAUGUACAGAGAGACACAGGCAUGUGGACUGUUCAGGCAGAAACUUGACUACAUUACCAUCCGGACUCCAAGAGAACAUUAUACAUUUAAACCUGUCUUAUAACCACUUUACUGAUCUGCAUAACCAGUUAACCCAAUAUACCAAUCUGAGGACACUGGACAUUUCAAACAACAGGCUUGAAAGCCUGCCUGCUCAGUUACCUCGGUCUCUCUGGAACAUGUCUGCUGCUAACAACAAUAUUAAACUUCUUGACAAAUCUGAUACUGCUUAUCAGUGGAACCUUAAAUAUCUGGAUGUUUCUAAGAACAUGCUGGAAAAGGUUGUCCUCAUUAAAAAUACAUUAAGAAGUCUUGAGGUCCUCAACCUCAGCAGUAACAAACUUUGGACAGUUCCAACCAACAUGCCCUCUAAACUACAUAUUGUGGACCUGUCUAAUAAUUCCUUGACACAAAUCCUUCCAGGAACAUUAAUAAACCUGACAAACCUCACACAUCUUUACCUGCACAACAAUAAGUUCACAUUCAUUCCAGAUCAAUCUUUUGACCAACUCUUGCAGUUGCAAGAAAUAACCCUUCACAAUAACAGGUGGUCAUGUGACCAUAAACAAAACAUUACUUACUUACUUAAGUGGAUGAUGGAAACAAAAGCUCAUGUGAUAGGAACUCCUUGUUCUAACCAGAUAUCAUCCUUGAAGGAACAUAACAUAUAUCCCACACCUUCUGGAUUUACCUCAAGUUUAUUCACUGUAAGUGGGAUGCAAACAGUGGACACCAUUAAUUCUCUGAGUAUGGUAACUCAACCCAAAGUGACCAAAAUACCCAAAUAUCGAACAAAGGAAACAACGUUUGGUGUCACAUUAAGCAAAGACACCACCUUUACUAGCACUGAUAAGGCUUUGGAGCCCUAUCCAGAAGAUACAUCUACAGAAACCAUCAAUUCCCAUGAAGCAGCAGCUGCAACUCUAACUAUUCAUCUCCAAGAUGGAAUGGUUACAAACACAAGCCUCACUAGCUCAGCAAAAUCAUCCCCAACACCUAUGACCCUAAGUAUCACUAGUGGCAUGCCAAAAAACUUCUCAGAAAUGCCUCAACAAAGCACAACCCUUAACUUACAGAGGGAAGAAACAACUGCAAAUGUAAAGACUCACUUACCUUCUGUGGCAUGUGCUUGGGAAGUAAAUGUUUCAUUUCUCUUAAUGCUCAAUGCUAUGGUCAUGCUGGCUGGCUGAGGGUCAGCAUUUUCUUAAAACUAAUGAAAGCCUCCUCCCUGAUGUACAGUUGGGAAAAUAUGCCCCUACCUAACCAGUGAUUCAAGCUAUGUUAAGUAUUCAAGAAAGCCAGUCUUACAUUUCUGACUCUGAUGUAAAUGAGUAACUUGUCUUAAAUAAAAGAAGUGCACAAUGUCUUGGUACUUGCUGCUACUUUUCUGUCUUAAGUAAAACUAAUUUUUUUUAAUGAGAUGUUUUCUUUUUAAGGCUUCGAUUUAUUGCACAAAAUAUAAAGCAUCUAAACUUUAAUAUGUAUUUUAUGUAUGUUUACACUGUCAAACAUCUGGGAAAAAAAUAAAAGGUCUAUGCUUAUAACUGUGUCAUUUAGCUUUCUAGACAUGUAAACUUUGGUAGAAUCAAAAUGCCUAAUCAUUUUUGUUCUCAGGAACCUUGGUAAAGUCUUUAAGGUGAAUUGAACUAAGGAUUCUGCCACUAAAGUAUGAACAGUUAAGCCACAACAUUAUUUUACACACAAGCCAUAAUUGUAUUAAACCUAAAUGAUGUCCU